AUGUCAACGCUGUCUUAUAAGAAGCUGGACGCGUACUCCACUUCCGGCGACUUGCCGGACAAGAUGAGCGUUUUCCAGAAAUGUCUCCAAGAGUUCAAUGCAUCGCCCAUCAACGCUAAGAAAUGUCGUCAGUUGUUAGCCAUGUUACUCCGGUUGAUCUACAACGGUCAAGCGUUCCCCUCUCAGGAGUCGACGACAUUAUUCUUUUCCAUCUCCAAGUUGUUCCAACACAAGGACGAGUCGUUGAGACAGUUGGUUUAUUUGACCACCAAGGAAUUGGCAGCCACUUCCCAAGAUAUCUUGAUGGUUACUGCCUCCAUAAUGAAGGACAUUCAACAGGGGGAUAUGAUAUAUAAACCUAAUGCUAUUAGAACGUUGUCUAAGAUCUUGGAUGCCACCACCGUGUCAGCCUCCGAAAGGUUGCUUAAGAAUGCUAUUGUUGAUAAGAACCCCAUCAUUUCGUCUUCUGCUUUGAUUUCGUCUUAUCAUUUGUUGCCCAUUGCGAAGGACGUAGUCAAGAGAUUAACUAAUGAAACUUUGGAAACCAUCCAGAGCACAAAGUACUUCCCUCCUAACCAAUACCAAUUGCACGACUACUAUGCCACCAAUAACACCAACUUGCCCUCGACUUCGUUCAUGUACCAAUACCAUGCUCUUGGGUUGAUCUACCAUUUGCGUAAGCACGACAAGAUGGCUCUCAUGAAGUUGAUCACGUCGUUGUCGGAAAACAACAGUUCUUCGUUGAAGAACUCGUUGGCGGUCAUCCAAUUGAUCAGAUACAUCAAUCGGAUUCUUGCUGAUGACGAAGGGAUGAUUAAUGUGUUGUAUCCAAUCUUGUCGUCUUUCCUUAAACAUAAGAGUGACAUGGUGGAAUUGGAAGCUUGCAAGACUUUGAUAGGAUACCAACAUUUACUUAAAGAUGAUCAAUUUAUGCAAAUCAUUGGCACUUUACAGAAAUUGUCUUCUGUUCCAAGAACGGCUACAAGAUUUGCUGCUAUCAGAUUGAUCAAUAGAAUUGCCUUUAAACAUCCAGAGAAAAUUAUGGUUGUCAGCACGGAAUUGGAAGAUUUGAUUGAAGAUUCCAACAGAUCCAUUUCAACCUUAGCUAUCACCACUUUAUUAAAAACAAUGGGUGCUGGUUCUAUUGAGAGUAGUUCUGGAGUUGACGGUGGAGAAAAUGUGGACAGAUUGAUUGCUAAAAUGACCUCCUUAAUGGAUGAAAUCACUGAAGAUUUCAAGAUUGUGAUCAUUGAGGCAAUUGAAAACUUGGCAUUGAAAUUCCCCUCUAAAUAUAAAAGAUUGGUGAAAUUCUUGAAUGAUUUGUUAAGAGAUGAUGGUACUUUGGAAUUGAAAACUUCCAUUGUUGGAGCAUUAUUUGAUUUACUUAAAUUUUUACCUGAUGCUGAAGCUAAGGAAUUGAUCUUGAUGAACAUGUGUGAGUUUAUUGAAGAUUGUGAAUUCACAGAAUUAACUGUUCGAAUUUUAUUUACCUUGGGUGAAGAAGGACCAUUAACUUCCAAACCAUCUUAUUAUAUCAGACAUAUUUAUAACAGAUUGGUAUUGGAAAAUGCAAUUAUCAGAUCUGCAGCUGUUGUUUCAUUAUCCAAGUUUGCUAUUCAAUGUGGAGGUGAAGUUUCUGAUAACAUUCGAAUUCUUUUAACUAGAUGCUUAAAUGAUUCAGAUGAUGAAGUUAGAGAUAGAGCUGCUUUGGCUGUGAAAUUCUUGGAUAGUAAACAGAAGAAGUUAUUGGUUGCUGAUACACAAUUUGAUUUAGGAGCCUUAGAACGUAAGUUGACCAACUAUUUGAAUGAUGAAGCCAAUUUCAAUGUCCAAUUUGAUAUUUCUGAAAUCCCUAUAAUCACCAAGGAAGAAUUAAAAUCAUUAGAAUAUCAAAAGAAGAUCAACAGAUUAGAUCAACCUGUUCAUGAAACUGUCAGUGAUGAAGAAAUCGGUGAUAACAAUAAUAAAAAGAACAAGAGCACAGAAAGUGGUGAGAAUUCUGAUAGUGCUACAAAUGAAUUAUUGAAACAACAAGAAUAUGCCAAUGAAUUGAGUACUAUUCCUGAGAUUGCCGAAUACGGCAUAUUAACCAAAUCAUCGUCUACUCCAAUCUAUUUGACUGAAAAGGAGAAUGAAUUUGUGGUUAAUGUUGUCAAACAUUGGUUUAUUGACUCUGGGAAAUUGGUAUUACAAUAUAACAUCACCAACACAUUACCUCGUUCAGUAUUAGAGGACAUUACGGUGAUUGUUCAAUCCGACAAUGAAAGUUAUGUUGAAGAGUUUGUGAUCCCAUUAGAUAAAUUGGGACCUGACCAAACAGGAACCGUUUAUGUUUCCUUCUCUAUUCCAUCUAUAACUGAGGAAGACAGUGACAUUCUUUGUGCCUUUGGUAACACCGUGGCCUACACCAACAAGGACAUAGUUGAUGACGACGGAACCGUUGACUCUGAAGGAUGGUCCGAUGAGUAUCAAAUUGAUGAUUUAGAAGUUGAAGCCGGAGAUUUCAUAACUCCGUUAUACAAUUCCAAUUUCACCAGUGUGUUUGACCAGUUGCCCAAUGCGGUUACUUCAGUUGUUGCCGUGAGCAACUGUCGUACUAUUGAGAAUGCCGUGACCAAAUUAAAAACCAUAUUAAACAUGAUGCCCUUGGAUGGCUCGGACUUUGUGUCCAGUGACACCAAGAACCACCAAUUAAGACUAUUAGGUAAAGAUACUUGGGGUGGGAAGGUUGCCUCGCAGAUAAGGUUGGCCGAGACCGGAGGUAAGGUUGUAGCCAAAUUUGAAGUCAGAUCCGAGACCUCCAACUUGGGCACUUAUAUACUCAAUGGGUCAUUCUAA